CCUAGUAAUCUAUUUUUGUAACCUAUAUUAUAUCUUAUACCUGGUAAUGGAAUCUUGCUACGAGAUAAAUACUAAUCUUGUUAAUUUCCAUAUAGCUGUAUUAUAUUCUAAUGAUACAGAUACUCUACGUUAUCCAAGGGUUCCAAUGUUCAAUGUUACUGAAUUUUAACAAACCCUUUUUUACGUUUCGUUUAUGUGCUUUGCUUACGAAAAUCAAUCGCGUCAAUGACAUAGCAUAUCGGUAUGAAACGGGUCUACCACCACGGCUACUCGAGUUCGAUCCCUUUGAGUUUCCCAAUUUUCUUUUCUUUUUUCUCUAUUGAACGUGUUGAAACAUAUCUUAAAUAUAGCGUUGUCGCAUAAAAUGUUAGGGUCAUAAAUGAAAGGCAAAGAAUGAAGUACCAUUAUGUUAUUAAUGUUUUAAUAUUUAUUGUUAGAAACACAUAUUUUCCCUGCAAAUAAAAGAGAAGAAAUGUGAAUGCAAUCUUUUCGUGUUGCUCGUGGGACAAGCAGUACUUCUGUUGUAGUUAGAUUAGUGCAUAAUCAUUUUUGUGUGUAAAUAAAUAAUUAAAAGAAUAAAAGAAAUAAAAACUUUGGUAAAAUAAAUCAACGUCUUGUUAUGUCGAUAUUUUAAUACCGUGUUUAGACAUUUAUUUUAGCACGCACAAUAGAGGAAAAGAAAUUUGUAGAAAAAGAGAAAAAAAUGAAGUCACGCGGUAUCGAACCCAAGCCAUCAGGGUGAUAGAUUCUCACCAUACCGCUGCGCCGUGCUACGCCACUGUCAUGCUCGAUUUUUAACAACCAUUGCACAUAACCUAAACGUAAAAAUUGAUGAUUUUUCAUUGCAAAUUACUCAUUAAGGACGGAAUAUCGAUCAAUAUUUGAAAGGUUAAAUUACAUUGGAGGUGCGAUACUACAGUAUAUACGAAAAUUAACAAAAUCUAUGGAUAUCUUCUAGAGUGACUAGACUGAGAGAUGGUAUUGUACGCAUGAUAUGAAGCAAAAACUCGCUGCACUGAAGGAGUUGCCAGAUCGCAUAUUUUGUUAUAUAAAGAAAUAUUUAAAAGUGUAUUAUUUAGGAGAUAAUAAUUUUUUUUAAACUGAUUUUCAGUUUGAAAUGAAUUAUUAUUUAAUGAUUGAGAGAAGUUUUGAAUAACAUGAAAUUUGAAAAAAUUCUUUAAAAUUUACAUAUAUAUAUAUAUAUAUACAUAUUAUAUAAAGAGAUAUUUAGAUAAAGAAAAUGUCGACUAUCAAUGAUAGUACCUUGGGAAAUGAUAACAAUGCUGGAAGCAGUGGGGCAGUAGGUGAAUGUAGUAGAUUAAGCAAACAACAUUACCCCACAAACGUUCUCCAUAGGAUUAGCGGUACACUUGAAGAUAAAAAUAAUGAUUAUCUGUGUCCUAUUUGUUUUGAGGUAAUCGACGAAGCUCAUAUCACACGUUGUGGUCAUACUUUUUGUUACCGUUGCAUAGUGAAAUCUUUGGAAACCAAUGCGCGCUGUCCCAAAUGUAGUUACACAUUAACACAGCAAGAUAUUUUCCCAAACUUUUUAUUACACGAAUUAAUAUCAAAAUAUAAGACUAGAAUUAAAGGUCUUACUGAGCUAGGAUCUUCAUAUGCAACUGAUGGUAAACAUAGAGGUAUGGGUACAGACAUAUGUUUACCACCAUACGAUGGAUUGAAAGAUAUUGUAGCUGCAGAAAGUGCUAAUCUAACGUUACCUGAUAUAAAUGUAAUGUUAGAAGUAUUAACACAGAAGAAACAUUUGCUCGAAGCAGAAACAUGUGCAGCACAGAACAAAUUGCUUCACGAGUUCUUGAAGCAUUUAUUGCAACAGAAAGAGAAACAGAAGAAUCAAUUACAAAAACAAAUAGCAUUAAUUAAAAGAGAUACAGAAGAAGUUGAAAAUAUUUUGAGAGGUGUUCAGAGUAAAUGUCCUAAAAUAGAAGACUUGAAGAAAUCCAGUGAAAAUGAUACUGCACAAGUCUCAGCUAUUAGAAGAGAGAUGAUUGAACUUAUAAAUAUAAUAGACUCAGAUAUGGUUAAGCCGAUUGACAAAGCAGGAUCAUCUGAGAAUGAUACAUUUGUAAAUCCAACAGGAAGUCAGAAACAAAGUGAAUUCACAGCUGGUUCCGCUUUAGCUCUGCGCAGAAAGAGAAUGCACGCCCAUUUUGAUGAUUUUGUGCAAUGUUACUUUGAUUCUCGUGCUAAAGAAUUGCAUCUUGGGCAUAAAUCUCAAGGACAGAAUGAUGGAUGGCCUGGCACAAGUUCAGGGUUGGAUAUUUUUAGAGAAAAUCUUGUAAAAUUUUCAAAAUAUAACUCGUUACGUCCAUUGGCAACUUUGAACUACUCAUCAGAUAUUUUUAAUAACUCCACUAUCGUUUCGAGUAUCGAAUUUGAUAAAGACAAUGAAUUCUUCGCGAUAGCGGGAGUUACAAAACGUAUAAAAGUAUUCGACUAUAGUGCUGUAAUUAGAGACACCGUAGACAUUCAUUAUCCUUGUGUAGAAAUGGUUUCUAGUUCUAAGAUAUCCUGUGUUUCAUGGAAUUCGUUUCACAAGGGAAUGUUAGCAUCAUCCGAUUAUGAAGGGACUGUAACAGUCUGGGAUGCUACAACAGGUCAGAGAACAAAAGCAUUUCAAGAACAUGAAAAAAGAUGCUGGUCUGUUGACUUCAAUGAUGUAGAUACUAGACUCAUAGCAUCAGGUUCUGAUGAUACCAGAGUUAAAUUAUGGUCCUUGAAUAAUGACCAUUCCGUUGCAUCCUUAGAAGCAAAAGCUAAUGUGUGCUGUGUAAAGUUUAAUCCAUGUAGUUCAUGUCAUUUGGCAUUUGGAUCUGCUGACCAUUGUGUUCAUUACUAUGAUUUGCGUAACAUGAACGAAGCGUUGUGCAUAUUUAAAGGGCAUCGCAAAGCUGUUUCAUAUGUAAAAUUUAUUAACAAAGAAGAGAUAGUAUCAGCAAGUACCGAUUCACAACUGAAAAUGUGGAAUAUCAAUAAUCCGCAUUGUUUGCGAUCAUUUGUUGGACACGUUAACGAGAAGAAUUUCGUAGGUCUUACCACGGACGGUCAUUAUGUGGCAUGUGGAUCUGAGAAUAACGCGUUAUAUGUAUAUUACAAAGGACUUACUAAGCAAUUAUUCUCUUACAAAUUUGAUGCUGUGAGAAAUAUAUUAGAAAUGCAAGAAAGAAGAGAAGAGGAUCUAAAUGAAUUUGUAUCUGCAGUUUGUUGGAGACAAAUGUCUAAUGUUGUGGUAGCUGCAAAUUCUCAAGGAAUCAUUAAAAUAUUGGAACUUGUUUGAGAAUAAUCACAAAUUAAUGAUAUACAUAUAUAUAUAUUUUGAAAUUUAUUUCAUUCACUGCUCAGACAUAAAGUAACAACGAGAAGUAAAUAUUUAUUCUAAAUGUUAUGAUAAUAUGUUAUGAGCCGAAUUGUAAAAAAGAAGUAUCUAAUACCUGAAAAUCUAAAUUAUUAGAGACUGACUUAUUUGAGGAAAUACUCCGAGCGCUAAACAGCACAAAUAUUAUCUUGUAAUUAUACUUGUAUUGAAAUUAUAGUUAUUGUUUUUUAUUCUACUUUCAGUUAGCUAUUUUUCAAUUUAGAUGUACUUUAAUGAUAGACUGAGUUUAAUAAUAAAUAGUUUGUAUGCUUGCAUCGACGAUAUGCAUCUGUCUCUGAUAGUUCAUAAUGUGUAACAUGGUAUUUUAUAAUUUCAUGUUAAUUUACUUAUGUGUAACAUAUUAAAGAAUUGAUGUUCUCACAUUAACUUUUAGCACAAUUUACGUAUAAUAAAACAUUUGUAUUAUAAAACUUUUGCAUUAGUUACACAUGCUGUUACGUAUGUAUUCUUAGCAUAAAUUCUUGGCUCUUGUAUGUUAAUAGCGUUCAUUCGAAAAAAUCAAAUAAAUCGUUUAGUAUUUUAUAUUAUAUAGAGAAAUUCGAUUUUGUUAUAUCUAUCUUGUAAAUUAUAAAAAUACAGUAUCAAGUUUUAUUAUUAUAUUAUAAAACAUAUUUUUGUGAGCUAUAUCGAUACAAAUAAUGCUUUGUAACAUAAUGUUAUAUAUUUGUUCAGAAUUCAGACUUGCAAAUGCAACUUUAAUUGUACAAUCUGAUCUUUAUAGUAAAUAUAUUGCCAAAGUAGCCUAAUGAAUUAAAAUCAAGAAGAUAGAAAUAUACACGUUAAUAUAAACAACUUAAUGUGUAUUCAAUUCAAUUUGUGCCAAGAAUAUCGCCUCAGCUAAGGAUAGUGAAUGUGCUUGGAUUGUAUUAAGUUCCUAUUGUCAGCGUUAAACUCAUUGUAUACUAGAAUCAGAGCUAAAGGAAAAUAGAUUUUUUGAUUGAAAAUAGUAGAUCAUAAAUAUUUUUGUUUGUUUCAGAAUUAAUGUAUCAUUGAAAGUAGUGAUUGAUAUUGUUAGAGAUCAAAGAAAAGAGAAAGAAUUUACAUUUGUUAUGUUUUAUUUAAGUGUUAUUUUACUUAGCUCUGAUGAGUAUAUUUUAAGCAAACGAUUUUCAGGACUAAUCAUCUAAAAAAAUAUCAAUGUGUCAAUUUUUAAUCAUUUCUUUAGUAUUUACACAAUAAUAUUUAAGCAGACAGUGUUAUAAAUACGAUAAAACCCCGUGACAAAUUUACAUACUUAAAUCUGUGUAUACAUAAAAGAAAGAAUCGAAUUUUUGGUAUAAUAUAAAUAUAGUAUUACAUUGAACUAUAUUAUAAUUCACAAAUCAUUCUUUAUUAGAAAUUUUUAUUAACUACUAAGUAUUCUGAGAAUAACUGUGGCGCCUAUCUUGAAUGUACUUCUAGUGCAAAUCAAUUGUCUCUAUUAUAUGUAAGUAAAAAAGUAUAGGAAGAAUAUUGUGAAUUACUAUGUAGCUCGAAUUGUGAAAUAAUAAUUGUAAUUGUAAUUGUAAUUGUAAUUAAUAAUAACUAAUAAUUAGAAUAAUUGUUAUAGAAGUAAUUAGAUUAAUUUUAAAGAAAUUCUAGGGUGUAUGUAAAGGAUAGUAUAUUUUUAGAUUGUAUUUUAAAAUUGCAAAUGCUACAGCGUAAUGCUAUGAAUGAUGCCUAGAAUUAUUGUAACGAAUAAAUUUGUGAAUCUGUGUCUCAAUACAUUUUUUUAACAGAUCUUUUAAUUGUAAAGAAUCUCACCCUUACCUCAGUAAUGCGUAUUUUAAGUGAAAACAGAAAUUUU